CUUGCUUGUUGGCCAUGUCUUCAUUUAGACGCUUUUGAAAACAUCAUCGAAGCUCGAACACCUUACCCAGUCAUGAUUGCUGAGACCAUCAGUUCGGCUUGCUUCGCUUUAUUGGUGGUUGUUUUCUGCUGUGUGAUCAAGAUCUACACCAUGGUAAAAAGCAUCCGACCCUCACGGAAUGAAAGAGUACGUGUGGUGUACGCCAGAGAUAAUCAGAGAGCUUCACCAGUAGCGAGGGAACCUACAGUUUAUUUUCCUCAAGCUGAGAGAGGUGCAGGACAACAUGGUACAUGUAAUAAUACAACAUACAGUGGAUCGCAAGCGAGACGGCGACAGCCGCAAAUGCACGACGAGCGUUUUAGGUGA